CCGGACGGCGCAAUUGCUGCCACGUGCACACACACAGAGAGAGAGAGAGCGAGAGAGAGAGAGAGAGAGAGAGAGAGAGAGAGAGAGAGGGGGCUGGUCGGUAAUCACAGCGUGGGAGAGAAUGAUGUAUGACCGCUGGUCGGUAAUCACAGAGUGGGAGAGAAUGAUGUAUGACCGGGUGGGCUGGGGCCCACUUGCACGAGUGAGGAGAUACUGACCGUAGAUAGCAAAGAUCAACGCCCGAAAUCGCCUAAUCGGCGCAAGUGGGACCUUGCCUCGGGUGGGCUGGGUGAUGGUAACGGAGAGAGGUGGUGAGAGCUAUGGUGUGAGCAGAACAUGAUGGGGAGGAGGGAGGAGGAGAGGUGAAGAAUGCAGAGGAGAAGACGUGAGUUAAGGUGGCAAGUGAGGCUGGUUGAGCGAAGUGGGAAAUGGCGGGAGAUCAAGGACUAAGCGCUGUUAAGACUGUCUCGAAAUGGCGGGAAAUUGUGGCCGAAGGGCAGUUAAGAGCGUCGCAUAAGGAUGUCGUGGCACGACGAUGAUUGGUUUGGUGUGCCACAUUUCUGGGGCAAAAUUACCAUCCUACCGAGUGACGUCAACAUUAAUCAAGGAGAGCAAUUGGCCACGUGUCGCUCUGCUAGAGUGCUCUCGUGUAGAUAAAGAAGAGAAACGGGAAUCGCAUUCUCAUUCUCAUGAUGGAUUCUAUGCAGUGAAAAAGGUGUUGAUACAAACAGACGAGCAAAUGCAGCUGGUCAAACAGGAGAUUGAAUCGUCAAAGAGAUUCAAGCACCCUAAUCUGCUGCCUCUUUUGGAUUACACCAUCUUCAACAUUAAGGGUACGCAAGAUGGACAAUGGAAGAAGGAGGCGUACCUUCUGUUCCCAUUGCACAAGGAUGGAACAAUACACGAUCACUUGCAGAGAAUGCAGACAAGGAAGGAGCAUUACCCACCGAAAACUGUUUUACGGUUAUUCUUACAGAUCUGUAAGGCCGUUUCUGAAAUGCACAAGAGCGACCCCCCUUACGCUCACAACGACGUCAAGCCUGGGAAUGUUCUCUUAUCAAGAAAACAUGGAGCUUUGAUGGCAGUGCUGAUGGAUUUUGGCAGCACAAGGGUUGCCAGAUGGAAAAUCCGCUCCAGAAGCGAAGCACUUGCAUUGCAGGAGUGGGCAGCAGAGCAUUGUUCAGCUCCAUACAGAGCCCCAGAGCUGUGGGAUUGCCCGAGUGAUUGUGACAUUGACGAGCGUACAGAUGUUUGGUCCCUAGGGUGCACACUUUUUGCUCUCAUGUAUUACUUGUCUCCUUUUGAACGUUCCCUUGGAGAAUCUGGCGGCUCGCUUGCGCUUGCCGUCAUAAGCGGGAAAGUACUGUGGCCUUCGUUCUCGGGAGAUCCUCCCUACCCAGAGACUUUCCACUCGCUUGUGUCGUGGAUGCUGAAACCGACUCCACAGUUGCGACCGUAUGUCGGUGAUGUUAUUCUCCACGCCGAAAAGCUGCUGGCAAACUUGCCCGGAAGAGAACUGGACGAUCACGAGAUGGCUUGAUCUGACCCUGGGUUAUUUUGUUCUGUCCUUCUCAUUAUUUGCCUUUUACCUGAGGGUCCCUCCCUAUACCCAUGGCCACAUCACAUAUCAUUUACUGCGACUGUCAUACCGAUAGUGCGGUGGGAACGAAGACGAGAAGUGGAUGCAGUGCUGGAUGUCCUUGUGGAAUACCUCUCUUCUACCUCGUUAUCGGAAAUGUGGUGAGAUGCAUUGAACAUCGUGCUAGGGUGAGUAUAGGCAUGUGGCAGAAGGGGGAGGGAAGGAAGGGGAGGCAGGUAGCAGGCUGGACGGUCUCGUCGACGUCAUCACCGUGCGUUGGUAGGAGGAGGAAUACGAUGAUAAUGUUUUGUGCGAACGGCAGCCGGCAAGACACGCCCGAAACAAAACAAUCAGUAAUGCAUACAGGUCAUGGCUUGUGAGGUAGGCGUGUCGGUGAAAGCGAGUAAAAGGCGAGCAGUAGAUGGAUGGCUGGACUCAAUUGAAUGAUGCUCGUACAUUGCGGCCUUCCUUACAUCUGAGAUUGAUGCGGAAUCUUACGGAACAAAGCGCAGAAAACUGGAAAGUGAGCGAAAUGCGGCAUCGGACUUGACCGCACGAUCACGCUUGUAACGACGGGACACAAAAUGGAAGGAUGAAUGACGAUGAUGAUGAUGUGUUGGCAAGAGCAAGACGCGAAGGGCUGUCAUCGAUCGAUGCAUUUUAGUAUGUGCUGCAGAGCAAGGUCAACCGACCGUUAGAUUUGGUUGCGGAUUUGAUGGGACCACUGGCCCUCUGCUGAUCCAUCUGACGGCUGAGUGAAUGCAACAGCCAUUUUGUGCUGGACCGCCAGAUUUGAUUGCUGGAUUUGAGUGACCACUGCUCUCUGCUGAUCGAUCCGGCGGCUGCUGAGUCGAUGAAGCGGCCCGUCAGAUUCGGUUCCUGAUUUGAUGGUCCCACGGUGUCAACGAAGCUGCUAUUUUGUGCUGGACCGUCAGAUUUGGUUGCUGAUUCGAUGGACCGCUGGCGCUCUGCUGACCGACCGAUCAAUCGAUCGAUCCAACUCGUCCUGACCAUCUACUUUGCCCUGCUUUCCUAAAAUUACGCUUGCCAUGAUUCUCGUUUGAAACAAUACUAACGCUAGCUCGACAUUUGAGAAUUUAUGGACGCUAACGCGCCUGACGGUUAACCGCAGCCUGUCGUUAAGUGCCUAUUGGGAACUGAUACGACUUUGGAUUUUAAACGGCGGAGUCAAUAAAGUGGCCGUUUUGUGCUGGAUGUCGAUUGGUUGAUUGAUCCGACGGUGGAUAUGGUUUUGACAGAUAGAAUCUGAUGUUGAGAGGGUCGGGGGAUUUAGUGUGUCCAUUUGGAUGGGUACCUGCUAGGCUGCUACUGAUGUUGGGAGGGGAACAAGCAUAUGUACCUGGUCCAUUCCUAGUACGUGGUUAGCCUAUUCCUGGCGCGUAGCCAGCCCGUUCCUGGAACACAGCUCGGCCAUUCCUGGUACAUAGCUAGACCCUUUGUGGUCUGUACUUAGCCCAUUUGCGGUGCAUACAUAGCUAGCAACAUUCCUGACAUAUAACCAGCCUAUUCCAGGCGCGUAGCCUUCCAUUCCUGGUCCAUAGCUAGCCCAUUCUGGCACAUAGCUAGCAACAUUGGACCAGUCUAGUCCUGAUGCCCAUUCCUGGAGCGUAGCUAGACCAUUCCUGGUCUGUAGCUAGCCCAUUUCUGGUACAUAGCUAGCAACAUCGGACCAGCCUAGUCCCGGUGCGGAGCUGGCCCGAGCGUAGCUAGCCCAUUCCACCAUUCCAGGUGCGUAGCUGGCCCGAGCGUAGCUAGCCCAUUCCAGGUGUGUAGCUGUUCCAUUCCUGGAGCGUAGCUAGCCCAUUCGAGGUGUGCAGCUAGACCAUUCCUGGUCUGUAGCUAGCCCAUUUCUGGUACAUAGCUAGCAACAAUGGCCCAGCCUAGUCCUGGUACGGAGCUGGCCCAUUCCUGGAGCUAGCCCAUUCCAGGUACGUAGCUGUACUAUUCCUGGCUAGCCCAUUUCUGGUACAUAGCUAGCAACAUUGGACCAGCCUAGUCCUGGUACAGAGCUGGCCCAUUCCUGGAGCGUAGCUAGCCCAUGCCAGGUACGCAGCUCGACUAUUCAUGGUCUGUAACUAGCCUAUUUCUGGUACUUAGCUAUCCCGUGCCGGACACCUAGCCACCCCUUUUCCUGCUUCCCACAAGGUGCCAAUUGGAUCACAAGGUGGUCCAGCCGGUGCCGAAGUCGGUGGACCUGGUCCUGCUGCGCUCGAUUCCCGGUAUGGGAAAAUGCGCGAUUGCUGAGAAGGUUGGAGGCGGUCGAAGGUGGCGAAGGAGAGAGGAGUAAGUCGUCCCAUCCGUGGUGUAGACAGAGCAGACCAGGGAUUGUGCGUGAUGAUGCGUAGCUGGAAACGAGGAUUUGUAAUUGUACCCGGGGCAGGAGAAACGGGUGUCUCUUCACAUGACAAAGAGCCAGUGGUCAGUCGGUCAGAAUUUGAUUUGAAUUUUCAACAAAUGUGGGUGGAUCCG